AUGGCUAUUGUUGUUGUUCAGGUCGGGCAGUGUGGGAAUCAGCUUGGAGAUGAGCUUUUUAUGCAGCUUUAUACCUCUUCGAAGGGAAGUUCCUCAUUUCCGUCGCCUUUUUUCGCGCAGGAUGGAAAAGCGCGCUGCGUGCUUGUCGAUUCUGAGCCGAAAGUUGUUCAGGGUGUCGCUGCCCGGCAUAGUAAGUUUAUUCGCACGGAAAACGUCGUUGGGGGGCAAUCCGGACGAGGGAAUAACUGGGGCCUUGGCUACUACGGUGUACAAGAUCCUCAUAAUGCCACUCACAGCAAUAAUCCCUCCUCUACUAAUGAAGCACGCUCCCCCAGCCAUCAAUCCUUUAUAGCUUUUCGCAAAGAUCAACGCGCGGCGGAUGGAGAAUUUCUGAGAAAAUCACUCCGUGCGAUUCAUCUAGAGAGUUGGCGGACCUCCGAUUGUGAGACUUUCGAGGCGAUUGUGCUGGUCCACAGCCUUGCGGGGGGGACCGGGAGUGGGUUUGCCUCGCUUUUAGCGGAGAAGAUUCGCUAUUACUUUAUCCAACCCCCCGAAGAGGACUGGGAAAAUUGGGAUGAGGUCAAGGAGGAGCAGGCUCGGCGUAAGGAUGGCCUAGACGGCAUGCUCGUGGAGAAGCGUCGCGCGAAGUAUCUCUUAAGCAUCGCCGUCGCCCCGCAGUCCGAGGGCGAGCUCGCGACGCAGAGCAUUAACGCGACGCUGAGCCUGCACAUCCUGCACCGCUGCGCGGAUGCGAUUCUGCUCCUUCGCAAUGGCGACGUCAUGCCGACACCGGGCGGGGCACUUGCCGUCCCCAAGUCCGCCUACGCCGGGCUGGUCCCGCCCUGUACCACCUUCAAGGAGGCCAACGAAGUCUUCGUCGCGCUGCUGCUGCCGGUCUUUGGCUACGGCCGGGGCUUCGGGAGCCUCGACGCCCUGAUCCCGCAGGCCAUCCCCUGUUACACCUCCACUCGUGCCGGGCCCUCGUGGCGGGCCUCCUCCGCACCCGUGCGCCUUCCCACCAAUAACAUCCUCUCGCUGGUGCCGACCCCUCAGGGGUGUUACGGGACCUGGCGAGGCUGCGCGUGGCGCGGACGGUUUUACGCCAUCCAGAGCGGUAAGGCCAUGUUGCCCGGUUGUCAGCCGACGGUCCCUUGGCAGACGAUUUUGGCCCCCUCCGCGUGGGGUUCGGCGCGUUUGCCAAGGGAAACACCAGACCGAGGUCGCGUGGAACGGCACCGCCAGGAAGAAAGGAAGGGGGGGGCGGGGCAGUUGAGACAGCGGCGGCUGAUCGACAGCAAGGAUCCUCUCCAGAGGUGUUUCCCUUCACCAAGGUCACAUCGAGAAGGCGGUGAGAUAGAUCUGGGGUCCCCGCAGGAAGGUGAGCCUGCGAGCUCUAGUGAGGAUUCCGACGCCGCCAGCUGCACGUUUGCAGAAGUUUCCGUCCACCUCCCGGCUGAACUCCAGAGACAUUACGUGUCUCUAAAGCGCAGCCCAGUGGAGCGACUCGCGAGAUCCUUGGAGGGGGUUAUGGUGCUUAAUCAAACCCGUGAACUUAACGCCACCGUGCUUUUCCCUUUGCUUAGCUCCGCGGCGUUGAAAGUGAAGAUGGGGGCUUUUUUACACAUGUACGAGGAGGCAGGCGUUUCCGCACAGCGUAUCGAGAAAGCCUAUCAAGAGCUUGCUGGUUUUCUCAGUGAAUCAGAAGAUCUUUGA